AUGAAACCAGCAUUAGCAACAUUGGUUUCUGGGGAUAAAACAUCAUUUUAUGAUUGUGCUUUUUCUGGUUUACAAGAUACUUUAUUGGAUGAUAAUGGCAAACAUUAUUUCAAGCAAUGUACAAUUGAAGGAGCCAUGGAUUUCAUUUUUGGCAGUGGUCAAUCAAUUUAUGAGGAUUGUACAAUAUUGGUGAAUGCUGGAUCAAUAUCACAAAAUUAUGGAGGAUUUAUAACAGCACAAGGAAGAUCACAUCCAAAUGAUGCAAGUGCAUUUGUGUUCAAAAAUUGUAAAGUUAUUGGGACAGGCAAGGCAUUCUUAGGAAGGGCAUGGAGGGCUUAUGCUAGAGUUCUAUUUUAUAAAACCUCCCUCUCCAACAUCAUUGAUCCUAUAGGUUGGGAUGCUUGGAGUUACAAAGGCCAUGAGAAGCAAUUGUCUUUCUCAGAAGCAGAGUGUGAUGGAUCAGGAGCAGACACAUCAAAGAGAGUUAAAUGGGAGAAAAAGCUAAGCAAAGAUAUGGUGGAGUCAUUGACAGAUUUGUCCUUCAUUAAUACUGAUAAUUGGAUUAAUGAUCAACCUAUUAUCUUAUUAAAUUAG